ACAUUUUUUAUUUCUUUCUCAUCCUUUUGUUCUCUCUAGACUCUAGCCUUUCACUCAGCUCAUCCCUCCCCACAGAUCAAAUUAAUCAGAGUUAGAGAGAGAUAUGGAGCUCGAUUCCAUCACCGCUAAGCGCAGACUCGCUACCGUCGCCGCUCACUUCCCCAACGAUCCUGUCUCCACCGCAUCCCUUGUCCCCUUGAAUUGUAGUAGCAGUUUGAACUCUGUCAUCAGUAGAUGUGACAGCAAACUCCCUUUUGCUCGGCAAGCAUCUUCUGAACAAGGCUUCUUUAUGAGGCAGGCUUCCACCGACGAGUUUACACCUCACACUGGCGGCACCACUUUGAAGAACUCUGUCAUUAGAAGAUGUGACAGCAGACUCUAUUUUGCUCGGCAAGCAUCUUCUGCACAGGGUCUUUUCAUGAGGCAGGCUUCCACUGAUGAGAGGACCAUACCACAGGACGCUGCAUCUACCAAGUCCUUUGCGAUUCCUUCUUCUACAGAACUACCUUUGCUUUCCAGACCUGAGUACGCCCCACCACAGUUUUCCAAAGCCGCCGCAAAAGAUGAGUUCUUUGUUUUGUCUGAUUUGCCAAAGGAAAACUUGGAUAAGCCUUAUAACCCUGACCUUCCCAAGUUAGCCAAUCCAGGGACUGUUUGGUCUCCGAGAUCAAAUGUUGCAGAAUAUGAACAUAACUAUGUUGUGGCAAUUGAGCUACCGGGAGCCAGUAUCAAUGAUAUAAGAGUGGAGGUCGACAACUUAAACUUGACUGUGACAGGGAGACGCACAGCUGUCUGUCAAAAAGUUGAUGCAGGCACCAAUGGUUCAAUCUGUGGGUAUCAGAAGCAAGGAAUACUACAAGGACCAUUCAAAGUUUCCUGGCCACUUCCCAUCAAUGUGAACAAGGAUAACGUUUCUGCUGAGUUUAUGGAUGGGCUUCUGAGAGUAGUGAUUCCAAAGCUUUGAGGCUCAUCGUUCUGGAACCAUAUACGUUUACUGUAAACAAUGUGUAUAAUAUAUGCUGUUUGUGUGGAAGAAGGGAAAGAAAAAAGCAAUAAUUGAUGAGAGAUAUGUAAAAUAGUUUGGUCUUUAUUUAUCAAAGAUUGCAGCAUGCAUGCUCAGUUGAUAAAGAGUAAGCCAUGUAAACAAUCCAUAAAUAUAAAAA